UCAGGUUGGUAUAUAAAGCCUCAGCUUGAUCUCACUUAUCAGACAGCCUCAGUACUCGACAGAGAGAGAGCACACUUUGAGCUUCUUAUGAAAACUAUUACUUCGCUAUCUACAAUGACACAACCAAGAUCUGAGAUGAUUUAUGAAAUCCCUCUGAUCACUGACAAGAUCCUGACUCCACUGAUCCAGACCACCCUCGAGGGGUUGAGCCUUGAACAGUGGAGGAUGAUUGCUUACGGGGAGCUAGACUCUCUAACCCGGGCUGCACUUGCAGGAACCUGCAUGCAAAUGGUCCGGUCUGUGUCCACAGUCAUCCUGAACGCAGUAAUACCCGUGGCAGAGCAGAACACCAGCAGCAGACGCUCUAAAGAUGACUUCAAAGUGUCUGAGGAGCAAAUCCAUGCCUCCCUGGGAGACUCACUCACAGAGAGUUUCAACAAGGUUUUCAAAGUCCAGAGCGAGUCCUGUGUGCUCUCAGAGAACCUCACCCAGCUGGUGGCUCAAGAAGUGACACUCAAGGUCAAUUUUGUCCUCGCAGUGGUCGUCAGAACGCCUGUUUCACCAUCAGUGGGAAUGGCUUUCUUUGUUAACAGCACCGUUUCGAGCACCAGCGCUCUGGAUGAGAUGGUUGUUUGUGCUGCGGAGAUACUGAGCCAACGCUUCGCAGAGCUCGACAGCAAAACCAAACAAACCCUGAGCUGGAGAGGAUUCUCUGAGACAACUUCUGAGAAAGGGCUCGAUGAAGAUGAGGCGGCUGCUAUUCAUCUGAGAGAGCUCAUGGAGAAUUUGGACAGCUUCAUCACUGCAGCCACUAAAGAAGUGAGCUCCAUCCUUCUGAAGAAGCUCUUUGAAAGCACCGGAGAUAAGAUCACACCUGAGACUGCUCUGCAGGCUUUGGAUGUAUCAGCCAGCAUCGUUAAAACGAUCACUGAAUCCCUGCAGAGUUUGAACUUUGGAGAUGCCAUCAGCCAAAUGUCCCCUGUGCUGAACUUCCCCAUCCUGACUUGUGACAACCUACAUUCACUGGUGAGCACGCUCAAGGCCUUUUUGGCCUCACAGGUGCCAAUGUCAGAAAACCAUGAGGCACGCAUCAACCUGAGAUGGCACGAAUUUCAUCGAUUUUCCGAAAAGCUCAUCUGUGACCUCAUGGAGGAUCUCCAGAGCACUAUGAAUGUGCUGGCUCGUGACUGCUCUGAAGUCAUGAAGUCCAAAUCACCUGAAAUAAAGACACCAUCACUAAGUCAGUGUGAAUUACCAGGUUAUAUACAGGAUCCUGAGGAACUCCAAGCCUCCCCUGAGACCGUCUUUACUGUCAGCCGGACCACAUUCUCGGAUUCAGAUGAUGAGGAAGCUUGUGAGGAGGACAUGAUGACGGUCAUAGACAGAGUUCAAAGGAUGCUGCUGGAAGUGUUCCUGCCAAAUCAACAGGCGGGCGACGAGUCCAACUACGAGCAUCAAGGGAACAUCAUGUGCCAUAAGAAGACCUGCAGCUUAACCAAGAAGCUCACAGAGGAGGUCUAUCAUUACUUGAUGCAGGGGCAGACUUAUCAAAUCCCCACAGUUCCUGAAGGUGAAAUGAUGUCCGACGCAGCUAUCCCCUGGGUAGCGGACUCCCUUCAGCCUGCCAGGUCACCUGAACUCUCCUACACAAUAACAGAAAACAGGGUGAGGUGUUUCCUGCUGAACAUGCUCCUCUGGUUCAGGAGUGAUCCUGACAGCAUGAACCUGACGAAUGUGGUGCUGGAAUACUUAACUGACAUCGAGGGGGUCAUCUCAGGGAUUCUGACGGGUCAAAGGGAUGACGAGUCAACAACAUACUCAGAGGAGCUCAGAGAGGACUCAUUCCAAGACUCAUUCCAGUACUCAGUCCAGGACUUGUGUACUGGAGACCUCACCAUGAUGUUCGAUGGGAUGGUGUCUGAUCUGCUGACGAGGCUGUUAACUCACACAGCUGCAUCCAUCAACAAACCAUCCAAAGAGACGGACUGUGAAGAAACAGUCAACUAUCUCACAGAUCUGUGUCUCACAGAAAUGGAAACAAGAUCUAACUGGGCCAUUCCCGAGGAUUUCGACACAGAUGAGCUCGUCUUCAGUCUGUUCAACGAGCUCACUGAGAAGUUUGGUUCGGCUAGCUUGCUGCACUCAGCUCUCACACUGCGAGACCCGGCCUUUGACCAAAUCAUCAUCGAUGUCCUCAUGGCUCCCUUUUGCAGGAUCCAAACCUCCGAACUGGAGUCUGAGAACACAAAGAGCUUUUAUGAAACUGCACCGUCUAAGACGAAAUCCCACAAGAAAUGCCGCUUACGCAGAUUCUUCUCAGCGGUGGCCAAAGCUAUAUCCUGGCCCUUCACCUCCUGCAAGCCGUGAAUCUUGCGUCAUCAUGGGGUUUCUCCGGGUGCUCCAGAGAGAUGAAAGACUCUAAAAUGUUCAUUCAUUUCUAAAUAUUUCAAAAAUAUACUGUUGGUUUAUGUGUAACUUACUUUUAUUAAAACACUUACAGGAAACAAAGUGUCUUCUGGUUGAGCACAUACUUUCAUAAGAGUCAUGAAGGGAAAGUUUAA